UCCUGUUCCUCCCUCCUCCUCCUCCGGGUCCCCGGCAGCCGCGGCUCGGGGAGCAGCCGGCGGCGCCGCGGCCGUGCAGCCUUUGUGUCGCGCCGCCGGGCGCGCCGGGCCCAGCGCAGGCGCUACGGAGCGUCCAAGUAGGAAGCUGUGGCCACAGUCGGUUGCCACAGAGAUGACUAGGAUAUGAUCCAUGCAUUGCAAGGCCCAGCUAGCGCUCCCAAAGAAAGACACUUCUCCCGACGACCACUCCAGUGCCCCACAGCUCCAGCGACGUAGAGGCGGAAGAUGCAGCCGGCAGACAGGAGAUGGCCACCACCGAAGUGUUGAGGGGGCCGCCCCUAGCCGUUUGUGUCCCAGCUCCACGUGUCUCUCCAAGAUGGCCUGUAACAGCACGUCCCUCGAGACUUACCAAUACCUGCUGCUGAAUGCCAGCAACGCGACGGAACCCGGGGCCGCGACCCUACCGGGCCCGCUACGGAUCGCGCUGGCGGUGGGGAUGCUGCUCAUGAUGGUGGUUGGCUUCCUCGGCAACACGGUGGUGUGCGUCAUCGUGUACCAGAGGCCGGCCAUGCGCUCGGCCAUCAACCUGCUGCUGGCCACCCUGGCCUUCUCUGACAUCCUGCUGUGCGUGUGCUGCAUGCCCUUCACUGCCGUUUCCCUCAUCACCGUCCGCUGGCACUUCGGGGACGGCUUCUGCCACCUCUCGGCCACGCUCUACUGGUUUUUCGUCCUGGAAGGCGUGGCCAUCCUGCUCAUCAUCAGCGUCGACCGCUUUCUCAUCAUCGUCCAGCGCCAGGACAAGCUGAACCCGCGGAGGGCCAAGACCAUCAUCGCCGUCUCCUGGGUGCUGUCCUUUUGCGUCGCGGUCCCGCUGCUCUCGGGCCGGACGUUCAUGGAGGUGCCCGCGCGCGCCCCCCAGUGUGUGCUGGGCUACACGGAGCUCCCCGCCGCCCGCGCCUACGUGGGGACGCUGGUGGCGGCCGUGUUCUUCGUGCCCUUCGGCGUCAUGCUGUGCGCCUACACGUGCAUCCUCAACACGGUGCGCAAGAACGCUGUGCGCGUGCACAACCAGUCCGACAGCCUGGACCUGCGCCAGCUCGCGCGCGCCGGCCUGCGGCGGCUGCACCGCCCGCACCAGGUCAGCGUAGACCUGAGCUUCAAGACCAAGGCCUUCACCACCAUCCUCAUCCUCUUCGUGGGCUUCUCCCUCUGCUGGCUGCCCCACUCGGUCUACAGCCUCUUGUCUGUGUUCAGCCGGCGCUUUUACUACGGCCCCUCCUUCUACGCCACCAGCACCUGCGUCCUGUGGCUCAGUUACCUCAAGUCGGUCUUCAACCCCAUCGUCUACUGCUGGAGAAUCAAAAAAUUCCGCGAGGCCUGCAUAGAGCUGCUGCCCCAAACCUUCCAGAUCCUUCCCAAAGUGCCUGAGCGGAUCCGGAGGAGAAUCCAGCCAAACACAGUCUAUGUGUGCAACGAGAACCAGUCUGCGGUUUAGGGGGGUCUGGGGUGGGGGAGGAGAUGGGGACUUCAGAGGAACUCCAGCGACCCGGGUUCCCUUCCUGCUCUGCUCCCUCGCACCGUAGUCGUAGUCUGCACGUUGCGGUGGCUAUUUAAGCACAAAGGUACUCAUUUGUUACCAGAUGAGCUGCAGCUCCCAAAUUUCAAAUUUUGGCAAAAUGAAUUUUCUUUUUCUCAUCCCGAAGGAGCCUGUGUGUGUCUCAUGGCAACUGCAAGGUAGUUAAGGCAAAAUGGAGUGGGCUGGGGAGUGCAGAAGUUGGGCAGAAAGUCUGGAGGGGCAGGGGUCUGUCCCAAGAGCUCAGUCCUUCCUCCCAGCUCCCUCUGCACCUGCUCCAGAGAAACCCUAUGGUGCCAUAUUCAGAGGUGAGAAACCCUAGUAGGUGCCAGCCCGUGGGUUAUCGUUCCCUCUUUGAUGCUUGCCUUCUUCAGCUAUUCAUGUCUGUGGCAUAUGGGGAAUCAGGCAAGGUUCUUUACCUUGGUCACAUGUGCAUUUCUAGCCAUGCCAAAUCAUCCUUUCUAGAAAAAAACCAAAAUCACACUGGGAUGCAGAGUGAGCCCCUGUGCUUUUGAGUCUCCUGGUGUGGCACAUGGGAGACCUGAGUGGCUCAAAGCCCACAGAAUGUUCUGGGGCAACUCACCUGAAGAGAGAAGCACACCGGGCACUCAUGCUUGUGCCCAAUACCCACCCCCACCCCCACAUGGCCUGAUCCACCUUGUCCCUGUACCUGAAGCUUCUCAGCCUCCCUGUCUGUGAACAGACCCUUCGUCCUUUCCCUCAUUCCCUCCCUUUCUUUUCUACCAUCCGAUUCCAGUGUGCUGAGCAAAUCUUUGUAGUGAACUGCUUUCAUUGCUGGGAGUGUUCAGUCACCGGGCCUUGUUUACACAUUUCCUCUGGACAUCCUGGGGCCCCAGAGCCUUUGUGAGCCACCAAAUGCCCUUCAGCACUACCAUGACUGCAGGAGGCAGAAGGGGCAAACCUGACCCAUGGGUGGUCUCCAUCAGUCUCUGUGUUCUCCUACCUCAUUCAGACCCGCUGCUGCCGUCCAGUCCAAAGCUGCCCAGAGGGGACCUUUCUGUUUGCACCCUCCACUCAGUUACCUGCAACCCCCAGGAGCUUCUGAUGUUAGAAGAUGACUUUCCUCAUUUCAGGGCAUGGCACUGAUUCCACUGAGCUCUCCUUAUCCUAGGAGAGUGGGAUGUUCAAGGUGAAAUUUAGAAAAUACAGGUCUGACUCUGUCAGGAAUUAACGCCUGUGGACUAACUUCUGUAGGUCUCAGUUUCCCCAUUUGCCAACUAAGGAGGCAGGUCUAGAGGAUCUCUGACAUCCCUUUUCAUCUUGCAAACCCUCUCAUUGUAUAAUGUGUGUUUCCUACUCACAGUUACCAGAUAUUUAUUCCUGCAUCCAUUUAUUCAUCCACACAGUGAGCAUUUAUUAAGUGCCUACUAGAUGUAAGGCACUGUGGGGAGACAAUGAUGAAUGAGGCAUGGGCUUUGCCAAAAGCAGUUUUCUGAUUUAUCUCAGGAUAAUGGUAACUUGAAUGCAGUUGAAGAGCACAGAAACUCCAUUUUCAAGAUGUAUUAAGAAGCCAGCUCCCCAUUCUCACACUUCUCCCCAUGGUGGUAAUGACAAGGGCAGGGAAAAGGGAGGGUGAAGAUAAGAAUAUAAUUUACAUUAAUCUAAGCCCAGAUGAGGGUUAAGAAAAUAAUUGACACCUGUGCUCACCAAGUCUACCCUCAUUUUAUAUCUAGAUUGGGGAGGAGGGAAGAAAAAGGGAACCAGACGAUGGACAACGGGUAUAUGAUUGAGGUGAGUCCCAUCUAGUCUGUGUCCUUAGUGCCCCCAGCAAGGCAGGGAUUUGCCUUCAGCUCCCUUGGAACAGAGUUUCAGGGUCCCAGCAGUGUCUAAGAACACAGCCAGGCCACCGAAGGGACCAAGCCUGUGGGUACCUCCUCUCUGGUGGGCAUUUCAGAUAACUUUUUUCAGGAGCCUUGAGUAAAAGAGAAGUCACAAACUGAAUGAAUCGUGGUACCAAAAUUUACAUCAA